AUCCUGCUUCCGUUUAAAUGUCAUAACGAAAGCGUGAAAAACGUUAAUGUGUUUUCUAAACUGUGCAUAGAUUUUUGGACGAAGAGUAGUUUGUGUAAACAUGUGAAAAUUUUAAAGCAUACAUAUCUUGGAGUAAUGUUAUAUUGACCUCAGUGCCGUCCGCACACGAGUUUACUUUUACAGUAACCUUGGCUUGUCUGCAAGUUUCUCACAAGGUUGCUCAGCAUAGCAAGACAAAUCAACACAAGUGAAAAUGGAAAUGAUCUUUCGAGCACUUUACUUAAAUUUCCCUCGUUCAAUAAAGACUUUAACAGAAGCCUCGUCGUUGCCAUGGUCAAUUUCAUGCCGCAGCCUGUUCACUAAAGCGCGGAUCCCACCAGAGGUUCUGGAGGAGAGAUCGAAGCAGCAUGACAAGUAUGGAGGAGACCCAGAGCAGCCUCAUAAACUUCACAUUGUCACCCGGGUGAAGAGCACUAUGCGUCGGCCGUACUGGGAGAAGAUGAUGAUAAAAACUCUUGGCUUGGAGAAGGGACAAGUUCCUGUAAUCCACAAGAACAUUCCCUCAGUCAACAACCAACUGAAAUUUGUAAAGCAUCUAGUCAGGAUCCAGCCGCUGAAGCUGCCCUACGGCCUCCCUUCUGAGGAGGACAUGGCUGACUCAUACCUCAACAGCAAGGGAGAGCUGAUAGUACGACGUCUCCUCAAAUCUGUGGAUCCGAAGGCCCUGGAGUCUUAGCUACCCCCUCUGUGCUCCCAGCACCUCACACCCCCUCUCCCCCCAUGGGCUCUCUUCACAUUGUAUCUUGGCUCCCUUCAAGGAACAAUGGAGAUGUUUUUCUAUUAAUUAAAAAAGCAAAAUGUG